UCUUUACUCCCUCUCGAUCGCUAGCUACUCUCACAAACAAGCUGUCCCAAUGGAAAAGGCUCUUCUGAGGGGACAAUUAUAUGCUUACUCAAAGCUCGAUCAUGAAGAUCCAGAAGAGAAAAAACAUCGGCAGGCACAGUUCUUGAUCCAUAAAGUACUUUUUCAGGGGGAUAAUCUAAGAAGACCAUCGUUUUUGAGAAUCAGGAUAUGCAAGCUGAAGGUUAAGAUUGGGAAGAGACUAAAGAAGCUGAGGAAGAGCGUGUUGUUGGGAAUAUCUGCGGCUAGAGUUGGUGUUUACAAACGAGUAAUCAUUUAUAUGAAAGCAUGGAAGCGGCUGUUUCAGUACCGUGGGCAGACCAUUGUUAGCCUGCCUUCUGUGUUCGCUUGAAGUUUUUGUUUCAAGUUUUCAUCUUGUUAUAAAUUUGUCAGUAAUAUAUAUGUACUGGCAUGAUCCGCUUCUGAUCUUGU